UUAAUUUACUAAACAAUAUCAUGUUUUUAAUUGGUAAAAGUAAUAUUAUUAUAGUUUUUGUACUCAAAUUUCAAAUAAACAUUUUAAUAUACAAUGUGAAAUAUUUUGAUAAGUUAUUAUAAGGUAGAAAAAUAUAUCUAAAACAAAGCAAAACUUAAUGAACAAUGAACAAUAUUUUACGUGUUUUUGUAAAAAAUAUACGGAUAACACAAGAAAUUUGGUGUUAAAAGGAAGGGAUUUAAUUAUCAUGAAAGGGUGAUUGUAUUUGAAAAUAAGUAUUUGUUAAUAUUUUUUAGAGAUAAUGUUUGAUCAUUUAUAAAUUUUAUAUAUUUUUAAUGUUAGCAAACAACUAGAAGAUUCGGAUAUAGAGUUUUUAUUGAUAUUUCUUAAACAAAAUCAAGACAUUGUAUCCCUUAACUUAGCAUACAACCAAAUUACAUGUAUUGGUUUCAAAAAUUUGAUUACUUACUUACUUGUAAGAUAGAUUAAAAUCGAAGUAUAAUAAUUCGCAAUAUUAUAAGAAUAUUAUUUUAGAUAUAUAAAAAUAUAUACAAGUUGAAUGUUCAAAAUAAUAACAUAAUGGAAGCAGGAAUUGAUUAUAUGUGUGAAAUAGGACAAAAUUUACACAUCAAGAGUCUUCAAUUAAGUGGGAAUAAGUUUGGCGUUGAAUCUUCCAAAAAAAUAGCAUUACUAUUAUUAAAAAAUCCAUACUUAGAAUAUUUGGAUAUAGCAGAAGUUGAUCAAACUAUUUCAAGUUUAAUAUAUUUCACAACAGUUAUGAGACUAGAUCAACCUAUAUACAAUGAAACUUUAAAAAUUUUGGACAUCAGUCGUCCAAAUCCAGGAUGUAUGUAUUUUUUUAAUGCAGAACAAUUUGCAACUCUAAUCGGACAUAUGUUAAGAAAUAAUACUUGUUUGUUUGGAUUGCACUUACAAAAAUGUGGUUUUAAUUGCCAUGACAUUGAAUGUAUGACGAUGAAUGCACAAUAUAAUUACACAUUACAUUUCCUUGAUCUUGCUUGUAACAAUAUAGGAGAUUAUGGAAUGCAUCAUCUUGCUAAUUGGCUUAUAAAAUCUUCUGCUUUAUGUGGCCUUAUUUUAAGUAAAAAUAUUAUAACUGAUCAUGGUGCAAGGAUAUUAAGUCAUACUAUACCAUUUUCCAAGCUCAAGUUUUUAGAUAUUUCUUUUAAUAAAAUAACUGACGAUGGUAUGGUAAAUAUUCUAAAUUCUUUAAAAAAGAUUUCACUUAUAAAAAGCUUGCGAAUAUUUGGAAACUUUCUUAGUCAUAUAACUGCUAAGACUAUAAAGAGAAUAUUAUUAUCAAAAGUUUUAUAUCAAACAAAUCUUGAUGUCAAGCCUUAUAGAGUAGAAGAUAAAUGGUACUGUGCUCAAUAUCCAAUGGACUACUCUAAAGAACAUUUUUAUGAUAUGAUUGAAUCUUCCACAAAGUAUAAUAACAAAGCUGAAACUUUUUCUAACAUAUACAAAUUCAAUGAAACAAGUAAAAUGAAAAAAAGAUUAUAGAAUUAGAGAUUCACUAUUAACUUUCUUUAGA